CCUCUUCCACCUAGUUUUUAAGGGGCGGGGAGUACUUGGGUGUUGCCCAUUUGCGUCGACCUCGACAGAGUCCAGUGGCUAAAAACAUCGGAAUAUUUUCAUUUUACAACCGCCUGGCCUUGUGUCUCUUGCCCGUUGCCUCACCACCGAAAGGGAUCUGAAUACUUCAACUAUGGGAGUCGAAGGCUGCACUAAAUGUAUCAAAUACAUGCUUUUCUUCUUCAACUUUAUCUUCUGGCUCGCUGGAGGUGUGGUCCUGGGCGUGGCUCUAUGGCUUCGACAUGACGGCCACACCAGCAGCCUGCUAGAGUUGAAGUUUGACGGCCAACAAGCACCAACCACCUUCUUAAACAGUGUUCACAUCCUGAUUGCUGUUGGCGCAGUGAUGAUGGUUGUCGGGUUCCUCGGCUGCUAUGGUGCCAUUCAGGAGUCUCAAUGUCUUCUUGGAACAUUCUUUGCCUGCUUGGUGAUCCUGUUCGCUUGUGAGGUGGCAGCUGGAAUCUUUGGAUUCAUGCACAAAGAUUCGAUUUCCAAAGAGCUGAUUACCUUCUAUGACAAUGUUUAUGAGAACUCUGUAGUAAACACUAUAACAGACCAGGACAAGGACAAGAAACAGGCUGCCGCUGCUGUGCUGAAGGUCUUCCAUGAGACGUUGGAAUGCUGUGGUAGGGGCAUCAGCAACGUGUUCACUACGUUAUUCACCCAAGGUUUUACAGACAUGUGCCCCAAGUCAGUCUCCGCUUCCACUACAGACUGUCACAGUAAAAUCAGUGAGCUCUUUAAUGAGAAGGUUUACCUGAUUGGCAUCGCUGCCCUGAUAGUUGCUAUUAUUAUGAUCUUUGAGAUGACCUUUAGUAUGGUCCUGUGCUGUGGGAUCCGCAACAGCCCGGUGUACUAAUGUCCAGGGGGAAGAAGCAAGGGCUAGUGACCUCUGGAGAUACUAGCCAAUGACUGAAGGAAAAUAUAAAUUUUCCUUUAUUUUGUUUUUAUAGCCUGUCACUUCCUCAAAUAGUUGCUUGCUAAUUUUGUCAGUUGUACAAGAUCAAAAAUGCAUCUUCUCACACAGUUUUUGAUAAUACAGUACCAACUAUUCUUGUCAGUCACAGAUAGCUGUUCAAUAUUUUGACUAAUGUUAGUCUGUACAAAAUGUUGAGGUUUACAUUGGCAUGGCUUUUAAACACACACACACACACACACACACACACACACGAAUACAGAUCCUGGAAUUCUCGUGUUAAUUGUGAAGUAUUGCCAUAUGUUAUGCUGGAGUCCAAAACAUUGUAUUCUGUUGGUUAAUCAAUCUCUUUUCAAAUGUAUAUGUAUAAACUGUAUAUAUUUGCAGUGCUUUAUGACUGUCAAGCAUGGGUAAUGUAUUGAAUCCCUUCUCCCCACAAUUUUCUGUACUCACUGCUUGUCUGCCUGAGUUUUCUCCAUAGAGAACAACCACUAACAGUGAAUGGAUACUAUUGAUUUGUCUGUCCCAUCUAAAACCAAGAUAAUAGAAGUGAUAGUUUGUCCUGUGCUUUUAUAACACCUACCAAUCCAAGCCAUAAAGAGACCCCAUGCCUCCAA